GACAUGGACGGGGUGCUGGCUGACUUCGAGGGAGGAUUCCUCAAGAAAUUCAGGGCCAGGUACCCUGACAAGCCCUACAUUGCCCUGGAGGACCGGAGGGGCUUCUGGGUGUCGGAGCAAUACGGGCGCUUGGGACCCGAGCUGAGUGAGAAAGCCAUCAGCAUCUGGGAAUCCAAGAACUUCUUCAUCGAGCUGGACCCGCUCCCCGGGGCUGUGGAAGCUGUGAAGCAAAUGGCAAAUUUGGCUGACACUGAUGUGUUCAUCUGCACAAGCCCAAUCAAGAAGUACCGCUACUGCCCUUACGAGAAGUACGCCUGGGUGGAGAAGCACUUCGGCCCUGAGUUUCUUGAGCAGAUCGUUUUGACGCGAGAUAAGACGGUGGUUUCUGCUGACCUGCUUAUAGAUGACAGACCUGAUAUAACAGGGGCCGAGCUGAACCCCAGCUGGGAGCAUGUGCUCUUCACAGCCUGCCACAACAAGCACCUGCAGCUGAAGCCCCCCAGUCGCCGGCUGCAGUCCUGGACCGACGACUGGAAGGCCAUUCUAGACAGCAAACGCCUACCACCAGGCCAGGCCACCUGA